UCAAUUUAAUUACUUCAUUAUCGUGAUAUAUUUCGAAUAUUAUACUGGAUAUAAUUAUUGGCUUCAUGAUGAUGCCAAUGCAAUUCAAUAGAUCCGGGCCUCCUAUUCUGAAUAACUACGCCGUGUCUCGUCUUGGUCGGAAGACGGCUGUGGAUGACCAGAAAGUGCUCGUUGCACUGCCAAGAGAUAUUAUCCCUGAACGAACUUGGGCCGAGGUCCUACAGAAAGAGGACACAGAGAUGAUCGUCCUGGAGAUCCGGGAGGAGAUCGUCGAAGAUGCGAUACUGAUCGUCUACGAGAAAUACAUGGAGCGCCAAAUAGCGCCUUUCACCGUCCACUGCGCCGCUCAAGCCUGGCUUAAACUAAUAGACUGGUACUUCUACAAACACGACCCAGGCGAGGAUCCUUCCGCCCACCCCCCCUGCUUCAUCCCGAAGCGUGUGGAGUCCUGGACCCCAGACGAGAUGCCCUCGCCCUCCCCCAAGGAUUCCUGGGGCCGGAUGAACCUGAACGUGGUGGAGGAGGUCGUCGAGGAGACUCUGAGAAAGUGGCCAAGCUCGCAGUCCAUAGACUUACCCGUGGUGGACGAAAUUCCGCCAGAGUGCAGGUUUCCGGGUAAAGUGUUACUGCCAGGAUACAUGUACGAAGAAAGUUACGAUUAUGAUAGCAUUACGUUUGACGAGAGCGUUUCUUCGUAUAUGGCCACCGAGAGUGAGCUACUCCAAAGGGUCACUAACUACACUCCAGCAGAGACUUCCAACAAGGAAUCAAUGACCUUGACGACUUUCGACUCCCAAAAGGAUACAACCACUGAGACUACGAAGGAAUCAAGCCCUCUCCACGGAGCGGGAGACUCACCCAUACCUCACUCCAAAAUACACUCCCACUCAACCAAGAGCAGAAUCAACACCCGAUCCAGUAUGCUGGCCAGGUCUAGAAACGCUCUACCUCCUCUACAGUCGGACUCGCGAUCCAGAGCAUCUGCCAUCUCAGACUGUCGGCUGAGAAGCCUCAGAUUGGACACUAACUACGACAUGUCAUCAGAGAAGUUAGUUUCACCACCGAAAGUUAAUAUGAAGAGAAAGUGA